AUGACCAACUUAGGGGCUACAGUAAAGAAUUUGGAGGUGCAGAUUGAGGUUAACCCACGAGAACACUGCAAUGCUAUCACCCUAAGAAGUGGUAAACCUGUUGAAGAACGCAAGCUUAGAGAGGUUUGGCCCACUUAUCUUGAAGCCCCUACUACCAUUCCCGUAGAGAAACCUUGGGCUAAAGGCCUAACUAUGCCAAAGUUCUUAAAGGAAGUGAUGUCAAAGAAGAGAAAGUUGGAGGAAUUUGAGACUGUUAAGCUGAUAGAGGAGUGUAGUGCCAUACUUCAGAAGAAGCUCCCUCACAAAUUGAAAGAUCCAGGUAGCUUUAACAUCCCGUGCAAUAUUAUUGAUAUCGCAUUUGAUAGGGCACUAUGUGACCUUGGAGCUACUAUAAACUUGAUGCCCUUAUCAGUGUUCAAAAAGUUUGAUGUUGGAAAAGUGAAUCCCACAACCCUUACCUUGCAACUGAUGGACAGAGCGAUAACAUAUCCUAAAGGUAUUAUUGAAGAUAUGUUGGUGAAGGUUGAUAAGUUCAUCUUUCCGGUGGACUUUGUGGUAUUGGACAUGGAAGAGGAUGAGAAAGUACCAUUGAUUCUUAGCCGACCUUUCCUUGCUACUAGAAGAGCAUUGAUUGAUGUGCAAGAAGGAAAGUUGAUGCUAAGAGUUAAUGAAGAGCAAGUAACUUUCAACAUCCAUCAAGAAAAGAAAGCCCCAGGGAAAGGAAAAGUUGACACUUGCAAAAUGAUCCAAUCAGCUGAAGUAAUUGCAAGAAACAGAGAAAAAAUGGAAUUAUUUUAUGAUCUAUUGGUGCAAUACAUGGAAAUUAAUUACUCAACAAGGGAUGCAUCUACUAAUGGUAAUGACUCAGAAAUGAAGAAAGCAGUGGAUUUCAUCUUAGCUCAAGAAGCUGACCCACCUGACAAAAAAAAAAGAGUUAUGUAG